AGUUUUGUCAGUUCAAUCUUCCACCAGUCUCCACCUUAAAACAAAUUCAAAAUAAUCAGGUAGCAUUGACCCAUCACCACCGUUAGCAUCAUCAUCAUCAUCACCAUUUACAGUAAACGCUAGAAUUAUAAUCCAUUCAAAAUCUAAUCAGCUGGGAAGAAGAAACAGCCACAGUGAAAUGGAAGAAGAAAAAGAAGAAGAGAUGAGGGGGUCCCUUCUUCCUCAUUUGUCAUCUCAGCAAUCUACACCUCCCUCUCUCCUCAUUUAUUUGUAUGUGGGCCAUUUUCUAGCAAGAUGGAGUGCAAGAAUGUGGGAAUUCUCAGUUGGUUUAUACAUGAUUUACGUGUGGCCCGACUCUUUACUAUUUGCAGCGAUUUACGGUGUCGUUGAGUCUGCCUCAACUGCAUUAUUUGGUCCAACUGUUGGCAGAUGGGUUGACAGAUUCACGUAUAUUCAGGUUCUUCGAACAUGGUUGUUAGCCCAAAAUCUGUCAUUCAUGAUCGCUGGAGGCACAGUGACUGCACUACUGAUCAACCAUGCUUUGAAAUCAUCGCAUUUCGUUGCGUUUAUAUCACUUGUCAUUUUAACCAAUGUUUCCGGAGCUGUUGGUGUGCUUUCAAGUCUCGCUGGGACUAUCUUGAUCGAACGAGAAUGGGUCGUGGUGAUUUCAAAUGGCCAACCACCAGAAGUAUUGACAAAGAUGAAUUCAGUUAUCCGACGGAUUGAUCUAAUCUGCAAGCUAUUUGCUCCUGUUGUCACUGGCUUCAUUAUCAGCUUUAUAUCACUGCAAGCAUCAGCGGUGACUUUAGCACUCUGGAAUAUUGUAUCUGUUUCACUGCAAUAUUGGCUUCUGAUGUCUGUAUACAAUGGGAUUCCAGCUCUAAGCGAAAGCAGCCGAAAGAAAACUAUGAAUGUCGGAGUGACUGAUCCAUUAGGAAGUUCAUCUGAUUUGAUGGAAACCGAGAGCUUUCUUUCGGAAGAAGGAAUUUCUGAAGUAGGAGGGAAUGAUCAGAAUCGGAAAAUAAGGGCAAGGAUUUUAAAGCUUCCGUGCAUCGAUGCAUGGCUUGUCUAUUUAAAGCAAGAAGUAGUGCUUCCCGGAGUGGCUUUAUCUUUGCUUUAUUUCACUGUCCUCAGCUUUGGGACGUUGAUGACCGCGGCUUUGGAAUGGAAAGGUAUACCUGCCUAUGUUAUAGGCAUUGCGCGUGGGGUGAGUGCUAUUGUAGGAAUAGCUGCAACACUCGUGUACCCUAUUGUGCAUUCGCGUAUUUCGACUCUGAGGACUGGACUCUGGUCUAUUUGGACUCAGUGGUGCUUUCUACUAGUAUGCGUAGCUUCUAUUUGGGUCCAGAAUGGCUUUAUCUCCGCAUGGAUGCUGAUGGGUGGAGUAGCAACGUCACGUCUUGGGUUGUGGAUGUUCGAUUUAGCAGUUAUUCAACAAAUGCAGGACCAUGUUCCGGAAUCAGAUCGUUGUGUUGUGGGAGGAGUCCAAAGCUCGCUUCAAUCCAUGAUGGAUUUGAUGACUUAUAUCAUGGGAAUUAUCAUUUCAAAUCCAAAGGAAUUCGGAGCGCUGGUGAUUUUGUCGUUUUUAUCAGUAACAAUAGCUGCAGUCCUCUAUACUUUCCAUAUCUAUCAUGUUCGAAAGCACCUUUUCCACUUUGAUAAGCUGUUUUUUAAGAACCGUUCGCUGAUACAGCUGAUACAGCAAUUGUAGUGUGCCAAACGACGACGACAAGGUGGGGCCCAUGUUCUGUGAUCCAGCCUGUUGAUCGUGAUGGCCCGGCAGCGUCUUUCUGAUGGGACAAUCCUAACCAACCAACUUGUCGCGUGUUAAUUGACUUUCAAGAAAAAAAGGUGGCAAUCGUCCGCGUUCAAUGGAAUUAAGGCUAGAAAUUGAAUGGCAAGAAUCUUCCAACUAGGGAGAUUUCACAGUCUAUUCAUGGUGGAGCCCAUCAGAUCAAUGGUCUAGAUCAUGAAAAAGAGCGGUACUUGCAUAAUGCAUCAUAAUUAAACUUUGAUACAUUGUCUAACAGUGAAUGUGCUUGGCUUUGACAUAGGGCGGUGAAUGGCUCUCCUUUAGUUUAGUUCCAUUGUAAGAUAAAUAAUUCAUGAUUUUUGGAUUUUUUAAACUCUUCCAUGGCACUUCAAAAAUCAUGAAAUGUUUUCCAA